UCAUGGUCCCGAAGAGGAAGAAGUAGCUGCAAAAUUUAAUCUAUUAUCUUUAAUUUAAAUUAAUUGCACAUUCCAGCAAUGGCUAUAUUCUUAUAUGACUUUCAAGAGCAGCAGUAUAAUCACUCCUAGGAAACCAACUAUGACAAUGAACGUCAACUGGCAUUUACCUUUAAAGCAACCACCUCUUCCUCAACACAGUGUACAGUAUCUACCAGAACAUCUGAAAGAAAGAACAAGAGAGCUGAGUAACAAGCAAUAUUAAAGCUGUUCUUGCUUGGGGGGUUAAAACAGCUGACAUCUUACAAGUUUCUGCCUUCUUCAGUCUUCCCUGGAUUCUGAUCACAUCACCUCCAGUCCAGAAUUUUUCAUGACUAGUAAAGAUUUGCCUUUCCAAUAUGACAUUGGAAGAAGAAGCAAUUAUGUGGGCCGUGGCAAGGAAGUACAAGUUGAAAACAUCAGCGCAUAUGUUAGCCAACCUGAUUAUGGCUCGAACAAAGCUGUAAUUCUGGUUCAUGACAUCUAUGGAUGGCAGUUCCCAGAUACCAGAUAUAUUACUGAUAUACUUGCAACUAAUGGAUACAUAACCAUCUGCCCAGACUUUUUUCUAGGAAAAGAACCUUGGAAAUCAAAUAAUCAUUGGCAUGAUUUCCCAGACUGGUUAAAGCAUCGAGAUCCCAUGAAAGUGGACAAGACAACUGCUGUGAUUAUGAAGUUUCUAAAGGAGAAGUACAAUGUGGUGAAGAUUGGUGCUGUCGGUUUUUCCUGGGGUGGAAUGGCUGUACAUCACUUGAUGCUGACAAAUCAUCAACUAAAAGCUGGAAUAUCAGACUAUGGAAUAAUCAGGGACUCUGAAGAUAGAUAUGUGUUGCUGAAUCCCACCUUUUUCAUUUUUGGUGGAAAAGAUCACACCAUUUCUCUGGAUCAGGUUGCUUUACUAGAAGAAAAACUGAAAGAAUAUUGUAGAGUGGACUAUAAAGUGAAAGUUUAUCCUGGACAAGUUCAUGGCUUUGUUCAGUGUAAGCCUGAGGAUAUGAAACCAGAGGAUGUGCCUUUCAUGGAAGAAGCAAGAAUGGAUAUGAUUAACUGGCUAAAUAAAUACAUUAUGUUUUGAAAUGUAAAUGCAACAUAUGUCACUUAAUUUCACUUUAUUGUCACCGAUGCUCCUCCAAAAUAGAAGAGGAAGGAGAAGAAAUACUGAAGUACAAUAAAUUUUGCAAUAUUUGCGAAUAGUGGACCUUAAGUGUUUCCAUCCUUGAAUGACAAACACCCAGUAUUAAAGAUCUUUUCUGAUCCAGCAUGUCUUUUAAAAAUAGCCUUUGGAGGUCAGUCAGUUCUUGCUGGAUUUUCUUCAAUUUAUGUGACACAUUAUCCUUCUCUGAAUAUAUUAAAGUUUAA